ACGGCGGCUGCAAACUACUGAUACUGAGUAAAAAUCGUUUAGAGUUAAGACGUUUCUCGAAUCUACGACGACCGUUUUCAAAUAAUAAUGCGUUCUGUGAAUUGAUUUCACCGUCGAAACUUCCUAUAAACACGACGUCGUCGUCGUCGCUGCCGCGUUUACCGCGGUACGCACGCACAAUAUUGUACACGGCGGCGCACGGUUUCAUUCGUAUUCAUGAGAUUAUAUUUUUUUACUGUGAUUAUUUCUCGGGAAUAAUCAUGUGAAAAUCGAUUAGGCACAUUCAGUCUCGCGAUACGGCCCGGCGGCACACCGUCGUCCGGCCCGGACCGAAAACCGCCGACACAACGAUUGCAGUGCUGUGCUCGUCGAGUGUUCCCAGAAAACGGUCGUCGGCACAGAAUAAUAUAACAUAUUUUAUCGCGAUGGACGUCCUAUUAUUAACGUUCAGUACGCGCAAUGCAAUGGUAUGUCGUUGUCGAAUCGCCGUUUGACGUCGUACGAAUACACGUCUCGAACCGCAUAAUAUUUAUGAUGUUUUUCUAAUAUUUUAAUAUUGUCAUUAUUAUAAUGUGGUCGCUUGCCGCGUAGAGCAAUACAAAAACAAAAACAAAAUCCCCCCAACUGCCUUCCGAACGAUGUCGGCAAGUUGAAAUAUUAUUAUAACGACAAUAAACGCUGCUCGUUUUAAAGAAUUAUUAUUGUUCGCACUCGAUUUGCCGUUUCCUGUGAUGACAAAUGGACGUCAUGUUCCUCAUCGUCAUAAUCGUGUUGCUCACGAUCGCAGCGAUACUGUUUGCUGUUUCCAAAAAAUAUGUAGUGGAGAAACUGAAACAAGAAACAAACGCAGACUUCCAGAAACUCCAGAGGCGUUACAUGAUCAUCUACUGUUUGGCUUGUUUUGCUGAUUGGCUCCAAGGUCCUUAUGUCUACAAAUUGUACAAGCAGUACGGCUAUGACGAAGGAGAGAUAGCCGUCCUUUUCAUUACCGGCACAAUAUCCAACAGUUUAUUUGGUACAAUCACUGGAGCGUUGGCUGAUAUUUAUGGCCGGAAAAUACUUUGCAUUUCCUACGGUAUAUUGUAUUCGGGUUGUUGUGUGACGAAAAUGUUUGGAAACUUUCAGUUAUUGCUGGUUGGACGCAUGUUAGGAGGUAUAAGCACGUCUAUUCUUUAUUCGGCAUUUGAUUCGUGGUACAUCAACGAGCAUAUCAAUUAUUACAAGUUGCCAGAAGAGUGGUUGAAUAAUACGUUUGCCAAAGCAACUUUUUUUAAUGCUACACUUGCCAUACUAGCUGGAUUGUUGUCAUACUUCUUGGUGAGCGUGUUGGAAUUGGGACCUGUUGCGCCUUUUGUUACAGCCAUUCCAUUUCUCUUAACUACUAGCAUAUAUGUUAUGUCUGUGAUAAAUGAACACUAUGUUCGCAACACAAAAUCGGCCUCAGCGUCAGUAAAGAAUGCUAUUAUUUUGUGGAUAACAAAUAAAAAUAUCUUUACCCUCAGCGUUGUUCAGUCCUUAUACGAAGGUGUCAUGUACUUAUUUAUUUAUAUCUGGACCCCGACAUUUGAUGUAUUAAAAGACUCAAAACCACCUUUGGGGUUAGUAUUUUCAAGUUUUAUGUUAGCUCUAAUGAUAGGUUCAAAAAUAUAUUCAAUACUCUUGGGAAAUAAUUCUUUAGAUUCAAAAAAACAAUUGCAACUGGCUACAUUUAUAGCAAGCUUUUCAUUUUUAAUGUGUUCCUUAGCAAUUUCAAACAUAUUUAUUGAUUACAACGGCGAACUAAAAUAUUAUAAAGUAAUGACUUGUUACUUUUUUUUCUUAUUGUUUGAAAUGUCUAUUGGUAUUUACUUUCCAUCCAUGACAUAUUUAAAGAGUCAAGUAAUACCAGAAAAGAUAAGAGUUACCAUAUCAAAUGUGAUUAAAAUACCUAGUAAUGUUUUCAUCUGCUUGGCACUGUUAUGGAUAUAUUUCAAAGAACCAAAUGAGAAAAAUUUAGUAAAAAUACAAGAGAAUCAAGAAUCUAAUGUUGAUUUUAUUUUUACAAUCUUUGUAGUAUGUUUUAAUGCUACACUCGUUACAUUUAUAUUUUCUAAAAUAUUUUCUAAGUUUCACAGUGAAACUUAUAAAGAUAUAAUUAAACGCCAUGAAAUUGAAGUAUAAAUAUGUUCAUGAUAAAAUUAUCCAUAUAAUAUAUGCCAUGUACAUCUAAUUAGGUACUGAUUAUUAAUUUUACAGCAAAUGGAUUUAAUAU